CUACUUCCGGGUUGCAGCACAGGGGGAAAAAAAACAAAAAAAAAAUCUUAUCCUAAAGAGUUGAAGUUUCCCUGUUCUACAUGCUUAAAAGGUAACUUGAAAUGUCAGCUAAAGAAGUGAAAUCUGCACUGAAGAGUGCCAGGGAUGCCAUUAAAAACAAAGAAUUUAAAGAAGCUCUUAAACACUGCAAGGCUGUUUUGAAAAUUGAGAAAAACAACUACAAUGCCUGGGUGUUCAUUGGCUUAUCAGCAACUGAACUUGAACAGCCAGAUCAAGCUCAGAUGGCUUACAAAAAGGCUGUGGAGCUGGAGCCCGAUCAGCUAUUGGCAUGGCAGGGCUUGGCAAACCUAUAUGAGAAGAUAGAUCAAUGGGACUUUAAAGUGGACCUGCCCAGUGUGUAUGAGAAACUAGUGGAGCUGUACUUAAGCUCUGAUAGAAAUAAAUGUUAUGAGAUCAUCAAAAAACUGUCUGAAAUAUACGAGUCUGACAAAGAAUUUUUAAAGUUGGCACAACUAUGGACUCAAUACAUUCACCUUAAGGAGGAAGACGGUGUGGAUAAGAAAGAAUUGCUCCAACUAUGGCAGCAGAUGUCCAAACUUCUCAGCAAAUGCUUUAGUGAAGGAGAGCCAAAUGAUGAAACCCAACUGCAUUUAGUAAUGGCGUUUGAAAAAGCCCUGGUUCUUGUGGAUCCUGUCCCAGGGGAGGACCACAAACAAGCCUCAGUCGACUUAAUUAACUGCCUUUCAAAAAUGCCACAAAGAAUGGCUCAAAUGAAAGAAGCUUGUGAGACCAUGGCCUCUCUUUACCCAUCUGAAAAUUAUCCUCUUGAGGUCCUUUGCUCUUAUUAUCUCACAACAGGAGUCUUCAGUGAUGAAGCCAUAAGGUGUUUCACUCUACUCCAGGAUAAAAAUCCAGGCAGUGGAUUACCUUGGUUAGGUUUGGGCACCAAAGCACUUCAUGAUGGAAAGUAUAAAGAUGCCAUUAAUCAUCUUGACAAAGGGUUACAGAAAACUAGCUCCAGUCCUGGAUGGUUCAGUCUGGCCAAAGCUCAUCUUAAAAUGCACAGAUACUCAGACAGCGUGACAUCUUGUUCCAAUGGUCUUUCCACAUGCAAGCCUGAAGAUGAGGCAUUAAUGACUAACCUGUUAGGGCUGAAGAUGGAGGCUCUAGUCAGAUGUGGAGGUGAAAAAGCAGCAGAUGAGGCCCUAGAGAUCUUUUCAAAGGUAUCCGAUUCAGAAAAAGAUCCAGGGCUGGUUUUCUUAAAAGGACGUGCCUACCUUAACAAAGGACAGGUUGAGAAAGCUCUGAAGAUAUCAAUGGAUCUUUUGGCCUCUACUCAUAAUCUAGCUGAAGGCUUGGCACUAAGGGGACUAGCGUACGUCUUACAUGGUCAGCUGGAGAUGGCAGAGAAAAGUUUUCUGGAAGCUGCAGAUCAAAACCCAGAUUGUGGAGAGUAUUACUUCUUGUUGGGACAACUUUAUUGGAACAUGGGAGUUGAGACUCGUAAAGAUCGCAGCAAGGCCCAUACUCAGCUACUCAAGGCUGCCAAGUUGGACCCCAAUCUGAGUUGUGCUUUUCGCUAUCUUGGGCAUUACUAUCGAGAAGUGGCAAAUGAUUGCAACCGUGCUCGUGGCUGUUACAAAAAAGCCUUUGAGUUAAAUAAUGAUGAUGCAGAGUCUGGCGCUGCCUCUGUAGAUCUCUGUAUGGAGCAAGGACAUAUGGACAUGGCUUUAGAAGUUCUUCAGUCUGUGAUCCAAAAGGCUACUCCGGGUUCAGCUAAAUGGGCAUGGAUGAGGCGAGGGCUUUACUAUCUAAAAGUUGGACAGCACCAACAAGCUAUAGCAGAUCUCCAAGCUGCUCUGAGGGCUGAUCCUGAGGACUGGGUGUGCUGGGAAUGUCUGGGAGAAGCUUAUUUGAAUCGAAGGAGUUUCACAGCAGCUCUCAAAGCUUUUACCAAAGCUCAGCAGCUGCAGCCCUCAUCUAUUUACAGUGUGUACCAGGCUGCUGCCAUCAAACAGACCCUUGGCAAGUUUAAGGAAGCGGCUGCAGAGUACAUACAGAUCACAACACAACAAGACUAUGUUCCAGCUUUAAAAGGUCUGGGGGAGUGUCAGCUCUUGUUGGCUAAAACAUUAUUUGAAGAUUGUAGAGAUGGAGGAGCUAUACAUCUGCUUCAGCAAGCAAUACAUAACCUUUUCAGAGCGGUGAAGCUGCGUCCAGAUCUUUCCUGUCUGUGGAAGUUGCUUGGAGAUGCCUGUACAGCUGUGAGCACUGUGUCUCCUAACAAAGCACAGGUCCUGAUGCCAGCUUUACUGUGUGGAUCACACAAUGAGCAGAACCAAAUCCUGGACCAAUGGCAGACCAUUAAAGUUGGUGAGAGGUGCUAUUCUCAUGCUUUGAAGCUUAUGCCUGAUGUUGCCAGUCUUUGGCAUGACUUAGGUCUGAACUAUCAGAAACAGGCCCAUUUGAUUCCUUCCGCAAAAGGAGAUGAAACUCAAACUCAAGUCCUGGAUAAGGCACAGCAGUGUGUGAAAAAAGCCAUUAUGAUGGAUAGUGGAAACUACAUCUACUGGAAUGCACUUGGUGUGAUUUCUGUGUGUAAAGGUAUUGAAAACUUUGCACUGGCUCAACACUGUUUUAUUAAAUCCGUCCAAGCUGAGCAAAAUAAUGUUGUGGCUUGGACAAACCUGGGAGCCCUGUAUUUAAAGAAAGAUAACAUAGAGCUUGCACAUGAAGCCUUUAAAAUUGCACAGUCUUUGGAACCACUUUAUGUUGACUGUUGGAUUGGACAGGCUAUGAUAGCAGAGAAAGUAGGAAGCUAUGACACCAUGGAUCUUUUCAGACACACCACUGAACUCAGCACACAGAUGGAGGGAGUGAAAGGUUAUGCCCACUGGGUGUGUUCUACUUUACUGGAUAAAAACAACAGAGACUCUGAGUUGUAUCGCUACAACAUUGUUCAGAUGAAUGCUGUCUCUGCUGCUCAGGUGGCCCUGAGCAAAUACACAGAGCGAGUCCAGUCUGAUCCUGAAGCUUUUAUAAUGUUGGGUUUUUUAAAUGAGCAUCUGAAUCUGAAGAGACAAGCCCUUCAAGCAUAUCAAAGAGGUGCUGAACUUCUUCAGUUAACAUCUGGAGAAAUGUAUGCUUUUGCUUUGAGCAACUAUGGCCGUGCUUUAUGCUCCUCAGGCCAGUGGGAAGAGGCUGUACAUGUCUUUAAGUCAACUCCACUGGAAGAGCUCAUUGAUUUGGCAGGCCUGGCUCUGGCUUACUGUAGAGCAGGCCUCAUCCCAGAGAGCGUUAAUGCUUAUGAAAAUGCUUUAUCUGUGGCCUCCAAUGAAAAAGAGAAGGCAUACAUCCUAACAGCCCUGGCCUUGUUGCAGAACUUGCAAGGCAAUGUUGACUCCGCUAAGACACUGCUGUUUAAAUGCUCAUUGUUGAAGGAACCCAUCCCAGAGUCCUUACUGUGUCUUUGUGCCGUGGGCUUAGUUCAGAAUGACACGACCCUGGCAGCAGCUGCUUUAGCUGAAUUGCUGAAACAAAACUCAACUACAGAGACAGUUGUAGAGCAGCAUUGUCUGCUCACGUGCACUCUGUUGGCUUUGCAAGGCAACUUUAGUGCUGUCCAGAGGGAGGCCUCUAGGGCUAUACACAGAAACCCAGGAAAUCCAGCUCUGUGGGCUUUUCUGUCUAGAUUAGUACCACAGUACUUUCCCAAAAAAGCAAAUGGUGGAGCAAUGGCUGGUCAUGUGGCUUGCCUUUCCAGUAUGACACACGGAAAGAGGGCCUUGUUACACAGUGGGGUAAAUCAGCUGGCAAGUGGGAAACACUCUGGAAAUGACAAACAGAGUAAUGCAUUGAAAACAAUGCAGAGGGCUGUGCUGCUCUGCCCUGAUGACCCAGCAGCUUGGGCUGGGCUCAUGGCUGCCUGUCACACAGAAAACACUGCAUGUUACCUGUCAGGCUCUGCUCCAUGUCACACAGGCCUAGAGCAAAUAUUUAUGUUGGUUGUCUCUGAAAAAGUGCGUGCUGUGGAGAACAUUGAGCAACCUCUGGCUCAGAUGCUGGAGGCUUGGGUCCUACAGCAGUCCAUCACUGGCUUAGUGUUCAGAGGAGAGCUAGACCAUGCAGAGGCUCUUUGUUCACAGGUUCUAAGUGUUUCUCCUGAACACCCAGCAGUACUCCUGUCACUGCGACAGGUGCAGUGCCAGCGCCUCCUUUUGGCCAAUGAAGCAGCUGUUCUCCCAGAUGCUGUAAUUGAGCAACUGAAUGGAGCCGUGGCAAUGAAUUCCACCAAUAUUAAUGCAUGGCAUUGGCUCGCUGAGGUGUAUCACAAACAAGGCCUGUUGCUGCCGGCAGUCAUGACUUAUAAGCAGAGUUUACAGGUAGCUUCUCAGGUCGGCCUACACAGCAGUCAAGUGGCCAGCCUUCUCAGACUUGCACUGUUGGCCCUCAGAAUGUGUAUGACUGGGAUGCCAGGAAGUGACUGGAAAGAUCUUGUGCAAGAAGCUACCAGUGAAGCAUUGAAAUGUGGCUCCUCCCCCAUGGCACUACUUUUCCAAGCCCUGCUGCAGUUUACUGUCAAAAUGGCUUCUCGGGACACAAGGCGCUUUUUGGAGAAGCUGGUAUAUGCAUCUCAAGAUGCCCCAGUUACUGUGGUGCAGGUGGCCAGCUGGUACCUAUUCAGACACCUACAGGGCAAAAAUGAUGAGGAACUUAUCAAAGUGCUUUUGGAACAUGCUAAAACAAACAAGGAUCAAAGACUUUUAGACUUUUGUCAACACCAUGCCUCUUGAUUAUCAUUCAAAAUGACACAUUUAUUUGCUUUUUAAAAAUGAUCAAUACAUUCUUCAUUAAACGUGUAUGAAUCUUAUAACAAUAAAUAAUAAUAAAAUCA